UACAGUUCUUUCUGAAUCCGUUGCUUGUUCUAAUUUUUUUCCAUAUCGAAAUUUCCAGCUGCUUUGGGAUAUGCUGUACAAGUUAUUCCGAAGAUAUACACUUAUUACGUAUCUGCGGGCCUGUUCGCAAUAUUUGGGAUCAAGAUGUUGAUUGAGGGCAUAAGAAUGAAACCUGACGAGGGACAAGAAGAGCUGGAGGAAGUUCAGUCAGAUUUGCGUCGUCGCGAAGAAGAGGCCGAAAGGUCGCCAGGAAAUGCGGAGGCUCCACGACCGGGAUCCUCGGCAAGUCAUCGAUCAUCACGACCGACUCCGAGUGCUUGGAAAGUUUUAGCUAGAGUAUUUUUGCAAGCUUUUACAAUGACCUUCCUUGCGGAAUGGGGUGAUCGGUCGCAGAUCUCAACAAUUGUGCUAGCUGCCACAGAGAACGUAUGGGGCGUUACCUUAGGAGGAACAAUUGGGCAUUCAUUGUGCACGGGUGUAGCAGUUAUUGGCGGUCGCAUGGUCGCCCAACGGAUAUCGGUGAAAACUGUGACGAUAAUCGGAGCAAUUGUGUUCCUGCUCUUCGCCUUAUCUUCCCUGUUCAUCGGUCCCGACGGAUUCUCAGGAUUUUGAAAGCCAGGACGAAGCUUGAAACAAAACAAAAAGACGAGAAAAAAAGAAAAGACGCCAAGGUGCAAACCUCGUAAUGGAGGCUACUUAGAACAACGCGUUGUUUUGUCCCAAUCGUCUGAUUUUUCCACUUCCACGCAGUGUUUUCGUUCCGUUUAUCUAAAGGUGAGUUCAAAAGCUUGACUGGCGAAUGUGAAGUGAAGAAAACCCCGGUUAUCUGUCAUACGUGGAAUUGUUUUAAGAUUCUGUUUUUCUAGUAUGUCGAACAGACCGUCUGCCAUAAAAUUUAGUUGUGUUGCGGGUACGUGACUGGAAAGUAUGACGAAUCAGUUGAAAUUCAGUUUCUUGUUGAUUGAUUUGACUAUGAACCGUAGCUGACGGAAAAGAAAUCAUGAGAAAAUUGUUCCUUGAUGUCAUUAAGCAUUUAACUUGUUCUUAGUUAGAAAAUGCUCUUCUUUCAGUCACGUACUGGGUCAAAUUUCUCAUUCAGGUUGGUCAAGUACUGGAACAGAGCUUUUGCAUUUGGUCACGUACCAGAGCCACGCCUUUAUUUUUUUCCCCUCUCUUAUUUUGGUAUCAUUCCUUUUUUGACGUGGAUUAGGACGAUUUCUGUUACUAGAAAGAAGUGCAAGAUGAAACGUCAGGUGAUUUUUAGAAUGUGUGUUGUGUGUCUCCGCUGAACAGUGGAAUAUUCUCUGUGGAAAAUUUGAAGAUGCUGCUAAGAUUGGAGGUGUUGAAAAGACUUCGAUGGUUGAAAUGUGUCGCGCGGAUUUGUUUUUCGUGUCCAAAGAAGGGAUAUAAAGAUCUUUCGGAGUGAGUCUGAAACAGUGCUCAUA